CUCUAUAGUCGGCCAUAGCAUGUAUAAAAUGAGGCUUUCUAUUGCCUUAUUUCUCCAUCUUUUAUCUCAUUUCUCUUCUAAUAAUAUUUCUCUCAAAUCGCCUUCAAAUUUCUCUCUCAAGAUGCAGAUCUUCGUGAAAACCCUAACCGGAAAGACCAUCACUCUCGAGGUGGAGAGUUCCGAUACAAUCGACAACGUUAAAGCUAAGAUCCAGGACAAGGAAGGAAUCCCCCCGGAUCAACAAAGGCUCAUCUUUGCCGGAAAGCAGCUUGAGGACGGCCGUACUUUAGCUGAUUACAACAUCCAGAAGGAAUCCACCCUGCAUUUGGUGCUUCGUCUACGUGGUGGUAUGCAAAUCUUCGUUAAGACCCUCACCGGCAAGACUAUCACCUUGGAGGUUGAAAGCUCCGACACCAUUGACAACGUCAAGGCCAAGAUCCAGGACAAGGAAGGUAUCCCACCAGAUCAGCAAAGGCUGAUCUUUGCCGGGAAACAGCUUGAGGACGGCCGUACUCUAGCUGACUACAACAUCCAGAAGGAAUCCACCCUGCAUUUGGUGCUUCGUCUACGUGGUGGUAUGCAAAUCUUCGUUAAGACCCUCACCGGCAAGACUAUCACCUUGGAGGUUGAAAGCUCCGACACCAUUGACAACGUCAAGGCCAAGAUCCAGGACAAGGAAGGUAUCCCACCAGAUCAGCAAAGGUUGAUCUUCGCCGGGAAACAGCUUGAGGAUGGCCGUACCUUAGCCGACUACAACAUCCAGAAGGAAUCCACCCUUCAUUUGGUGCUACGUCUCCGUGGUGGUAUGCAGAUCUUCGUCAAGACCCUCACCGGAAAGACCAUCACCCUUGAGGUGGAAAGCUCCGACACCAUCGACAAUGUGAAGGCUAAGAUCCAGGACAAGGAGGGAAUCCCACCAGACCAGCAGAGGUUGAUCUUUGCUGGAAAGCAAUUGGAGGAUGGCCGUACCCUUGCUGAUUACAACAUCCAAAAGGAGUCGACUCUUCACUUGGUGCUUCGUCUUCGUGGUGGUAUGCAGAUCUUCGUCAAGACCCUCACUGGAAAGACCAUCACCCUUGAGGUGGAAAGCUCCGACACCAUCGACAAUGUCAAGGCUAAGAUCCAGGACAAGGAGGGUAUUCCACCAGACCAGCAGAGGUUGAUUUUUGCUGGCAAGCAGCUCGAGGAUGGAAGGACUCUUGCAGACUACAACAUUCAGAAGGAGUCGACUCUUCACUUGGUGUUGAGGCUUAGGGGAGGAAUGCAGAUCUUUGUUAAGACCUUGACUGGCAAGACCAUCACCUUGGAGGUGGAGAGCUCUGACACUAUUGAUAAUGUUAAGGCUAAGAUUCAGGAUAAGGAGGGUAUUCCACCAGACCAGCAGAGGCUUAUCUUUGCAGGAAAGCAGUUGGAAGAUGGCCGUACCCUGGCGGACUACAACAUUCAGAAGGAGUCUACCCUGCACCUUGUCCUCCGUCUCCGUGGUGGUUUUUAAAUUGCCUCUGUUGUGUUGUCUGUCUUGCUGUGUCUGUGUGUUACCCGCGGUGGUUGUGAUUGUAUGAUGGCCUCGAAUGGUCAUCUGCACUAUAUGUUCGUAUUUUGCUCCUGUUUUUUUUCUAAUGUUUCUGGUUUGUGAAUAAAAGUGAAUUUUAUCCUAAUGCCUUUGGUAUGAAGGCAUUAGGAUGAUGUGUUCUUUCUAA